CUUUAAAUUCGAAUGUAGCAGCGCUGCAUGGUAACGCUGCAUAGUAACGCAGCAGCUCGGGUUAAAGUGCGACUUUCCUCGGACUAACUGUCGCUUUACGGCUCGGAGACGAUUAAUAAAGAGAAGAAAGACCGCCAUGACGAGCGUUCAGCUUUCUGUCUGCGGUUUGGGCGCUGCGCGAGAGCGCGUCCCUCAGCACGCGCGCAGGAGAAGCGCGUGCCGCAGUCUCUUCGGUGCGGUCGAUCACGACGAGCUGAACCGCGACAUGGAGGCCAGGCUGCGCGAGCUCUCCGAGCGCGACCAGAAGCGGUGGAACUUCGACUUCGCGGCCGGGACGCCGCUGCUCGGCGAGUACGAGUGGGAGGCAGCCGCGGCGGAGGCGACGCCGGCGUUUUACCAGGAGACGGUACAGGCAGGGAAGAAGAGGGCGGCGGCUGCUACUGUUACACCACGUACAGAGACUCCGCACCGGGAGAGCGCGAGCGCAGGACAGCCGAGCUGCACGAGAGCGAGGAGGGCGAAGAGAAGGAAAACAAGCGCACGCGCCGCUCCAGCUCGCGCUCGCAUUCCAGAUUUUUACGUCAAACGAAGGAAGCAAGGAGAGAUAAAACUGCCCGAGAGCGAGUCUCAAAUCCCCUUCAGCUCCCUCUCGUCCGAGCAAACGCCGCGGAAGCGACUUCGGUGAAGGGUUUUUACAGCUGAAGAAGGAAACUCCUCAGGUUAAGAGAAUUGCGAGUGAAGGAACGCCGUCCUCACGGAAACAACAUGAUGAUGAUGAUGAUGAUGGGCAAAGCACUACGAGCUCAAACACCACCUCAGCUCUUCGUCCAUACCUUCACGCCGUACUGUGUGGAGGAUGAGGAGAACUGCUGAGGGAGGAGGUUGAUGAGGAGACAUGAUCUCACAGCACAUCACAUCACUUCUCAGACCUUGACGCGAGAACCUGCUGAAGAGUGCACACAAAAACAAACACAUGUCGCAUCUCAAGUGUACCGUUUACUUAGCAUCCCGGGGAUCUUUCCACGUCCUCGUGCUGUUUCCUUCUAACGUUGACCUGCGUGUAAUCCAGCUGUUCACUGAUGGAGACCCUCGGCAGUUGGACAUGUUCCGUAAAGAUUGACUAGAAGUCUGUUUUGGAAGUUGUCCGACUAUAUCGUAAUUCGCUUCUUAGCUUAACGCCGGCGUUGUAGCUCGCAGCUGAUGUAUGAAUUACGAACAUGAGCAACAAGAUCACCCAACUCUGUUUAGAUGCAUUUUACUUCUAUUAAACAGCUGUGAUUUGCUUGCCAGAUGUUGAUCAUGUUUAAAUGCACAUUUCACUGAGCAGAUGUUGAAACUUCAGACCAAGGCUCAUCUCGGUCACGGAAAUGGGACAAUCGUGUAAAUACAAUCGUGUUAAAACAAACGAAGCUUUAAAGAUCGAGACAGCAGGCCUUUGUGCUAACUCUUAGUUUGGUGUAAAUAUAUACAUAAAUAUCGUAAAAAGGACAUUAACGUUUAUUUAUGUUUCAAUGUAGCUUUGCUUUUCAAUGUAGCGUCCUCCCUGAAACAUGGGAUCUGUCAUGUCAUGUUUCUGAGCCAUUUUGUCACUUCACUGUUUUAAAAUGUUUCACUAUAUUUUGUUAUAUAAAGUGUAUAUAUCUAUCCAACA